UGUUUAUAUAUUUCACUUCCCCUUACUCGACAAACCACCAGCUUUUAUCUAAACUGUACAAAAUAUUUAGUUUCAAACAGAGUUGCCUUAAUAAAACUGUACUUUUCAGGCUCCUUGCAGUAUUGCAACUUCAAAAAAGGAAAAAAAAAAAAAAAAAAAAACCUAAACGAAACUGGACUAUUGAUGACAAUGAUGACAGUUCUCUGGAUCUGGCUGUGUUUUGUGCAGCAGCAGCUCUCCCCAGGGUGGACCUGUGUCCAUGCACACAGCCCAGCCUUCUCCUGCCACUGAACAGAGCAGCCCUGGUGCGUGUGGCAGAGCUGAGGAGCUGGCGUGUCCCCCUGAAACUUUCUCCCCCAUCCCUGCUGUGGGGUGUGUUCCUGUGCCGAGGAGGGGGAGAGAGAGACCCAGUGCAAAGGAGAGCAGGCGAGGAAGCCAAGGGAGAGAAGGGAGCUUGUUUCAUGCACUGCUGAAGGCUGUCAGAGGCAGAGCGUACCAGCAGCUCACUGGUUGGGGUGCAGUUGAAGGGACAGCGUUUAUUGACUUGAUCCACUGAAUUGCUGAAGGACAGAUAUGACAUCUGACUGGUGCGUCUAUGUAUUCUUGCUUAUUGGAACAAAGGUCAUUCGUGACACUUUGGAAGAUCCUGUUUCCAGAGGCAGUGCUGCCUGCCCCUUGGGCUACUUUCCCUGUGGCAAUAUCACAAAGUGCUUGCCCCAACAACUUCACUGUAAUGGUGAGGAUGACUGUGGGAAUCAUGCUGAUGAAGACAACUGUGAAGACAACAAUGGAUGGUCUCUACAGUUUGACAAACAUUACGGAAACAACAAAUUCAACAAAAUGAAAUCCCUGUACGCAUUUCAGACCAAGACACCGGAGUGCCUGGCUGGUGCUGUACCAGCAGAAUGUACAUGCCAAGGGCUGGAGGUCUCCUGCGAUGCUGCCAAACUGCGUGCCGUCCCUUUGGUCCCUUCAAACGUCACCAUGAUGUCUCUUCAGAAGAAUCUGCUAAGAAAACUUUAUGCUGACGUUUUCAGAAAAUACCAAGACCUUAAAAACCUGUAUCUUCAGGAUAACAAAAUCAGAGCUGUGUCCAAACAUGCUUUCAAAGGUUUAUACAACUUGACAAAAUUAUACCUGAGUAACAACAAGAUAACCAACUUGAAGCCUCGUGUCUUUGAAGAUCUCCAUAAACUUGAAUGGCUGAUAAUUGAAAAUAAUAGGAUAAAUCGGAUCUCUCCAUCAACAUUUUAUGGACUCAAAUCACUUAUCCUCCUUGAGAUGAUGAAUAAUUCUCUUGCUCAUUUGCCUGACAAACCUCUGUGCCAAUAUAUGCCAAGGCUGAACUGGUUAGACUUGGAAGGAAACCAUAUUCAUCACUUAAGAAACGUCACUUUCAUCUCCUGCAGUAAUUUAACUGUAUUGGUGAUGAGGCAGAAUAAAAUCAGAUCUUUGAACGAAAACAGCUUUUCUUCUCUCCAAAUGCUAGACGAACUGGACUUGGCUAGCAAUGAGAUUGAAUCACUUCCUGCAUAUGUGUUUAAGGAUCUAAAGGAGCUUUCACAACUGAACCUUUCUUAUAAUCCAAUCAAGAAAAUACAAAUGGACCAGUUUGAUUUUCUAACCAAACUCAAAUCCCUCAGCUUGGAGGGCAUUGAAAUUGCAAACAUCCAGAGAAGAAUGUUCAUACCACUUAGAAACCUUUCCCACAUAUAUUUCAAGAAGUUCCAGUACUGUGGAUAUGCCCCUCAUGUGCGCAGCUGUAAGCCCAAUACUGAUGGGAUUUCAUCCCUGGAGAAUCUUUUAGCUAGCAUUAUACAGAGAGUGUUUGUCUGGGUUGUAUCUGCCAUCACUUGCUUUGGAAAUAUUUUUGUUAUCUGUAUGAGGCCUUACAUCAGAUCGGAAAAUAAGCUCCACGGCAUCUCAAUAAUGUCUCUCUGCUGUGCUGACUGUCUGAUGGGAAUAUAUUUAUUUGUGAUUGGAGCUUUUGAUCUUAAAUAUCGUGGAGAAUACAACAAGCACGCUCAGUUGUGGAUGGACAGUAUUCAUUGUCAAUUGGUGGGAUCGCUGGCUAUUCUGUCUACAGAGGUGUCAGUCUUACUGUUGACUUACCUGACUUUGGAGAAAUACAUCUGCAUAGUUUAUCCUUUUAGGUGUUUGAAGCCCAGAAAAUGCAGGACAAUUUCCAUUUUAGUUCUUAUCUGGAUAAUUGGGUUUGUUGUUGCUUUUAUUCCACUGAGCAAUAAGGAAUUUUUCAGGAACUACUAUGGCACCAAUGGCGUCUGUUUCCCUCUUCACUCAGAGCAAUCAGAAAGUUCAGGAAGUCAGAUUUAUUCUGUUGUCAUUUUUUUAGGUGUAAACUUGGCAGCUUUUCUCAUCAUUGUCUUUUCCUACGGAAGUAUGUUCUACAGUGUUCACCAAACAGCUAUUAUGGCUACUGAAAUUCGGAAUCAUAUCAAAAAAGAGAUGACUCUUGCCAAACGUUUUUUCUUCAUUGUAUUUACUGAUGCACUUUGUUGGAUACCCAUUUUUAUUUUGAAACUGCUUUCUUUACUGCAAGUAGAAAUACCAGGUACCAUAACAUCUUGGGUAGUGAUAUUUAUCUUGCCAAUAAAUAGUGCUCUGAAUCCUCUUCUCUACACUUUGACUACACGACCCUUCAAAGAAAUGAUUCACCAGUUUUGGUACAACUACAGACAAAGAAGAUCCAAAAGAGGCAAAGGCAGUCAGAAAGCUUACGGUCCAUCCUUCAUUUGGGUAGAGAUGUGGCCAACGCAUGAAAUCACACCAAAGCUAACUAAGCCUGUGCUUUGUACGGACUCUUCUGAUGCCUCUGUCACUACACAGUCAAUAAGACUAAAUUCGUACACGUAAAUACAUUUGGAAUCUUCACAGUGACAUCUGCACUGUUAGCUUCACGCCCUGUGGAGUUGCUGCUUUACAACGAUGAUGACAAGUGAAGGAGGUAUGACACCCGGGCUCCUGCACACCAGAACUCAAAGCAGAAAGAAGCAUAGUGUGGCUGCUUGCAGGUAGAACCAGUAUAUGAAGUAUUAUUUCCACCUUGCAGCAGUUCCUGCUAUUUUGACAACUCAUUCUAGUUCAGAAUGAGAAGUCAAUCUCUUCUUUCUUUUUUUCCUCCAGCAAGCCAGGAGUGUGGGGAAAAAAAAAAUAACGAAGUGAUAUUUAAAACAUCUCACACUGAAAUCGGAACAUUUCAGAAUCAUCUAUCUUUGGGAGAAAAAAAAAGGCUAUUUUCAAUAAACUUUU